UUCGCCUGAGGCGGCGGCUGGGGAGGCGGCUGAGGCGGCUGAGGCGGCGGCGGGGACGGGGGCUGCGGUCGCCGACCCUGGCACGGCGGUCCGCUGUCUGUGUGCUUCCGCCCCGGAGCGGCGGGCGAUGGUGCGGCGGAGCGCGCGGACGCGGGCGGCGCGGCGGCGGGCAUGAGGGAGGAUGGACGGGCAGGACGAGGUGUCGGCGCGGGAGCAGCACUUCCACAGCCAAGUGCGGGAGUCCACGAUAUGUUUCCUUCUUUUUGCCGUUCUCUACAUUGUUUCUUACUUCAUCAUCAGAAGAUACAAGAGAAAAUCAGAUGAACAAGAAGAUGAAGAUGCCAUAGUCAACAGGAUUUCGCUGUGUCUGAGCACCUUCACGCUGGCGGUUUCAGCCGGGGCUGUUCUGCUCUUACCCUUUUCAAUAAUCAGCAACGAAAUCCUGCUUUCUUUUCCUCAAAACUACUAUAUUCAGUGGCUAAAUGGCUCCCUGAUUCAUGGCUUGUGGAAUCUUGCUUCUCUCUUUUCCAACCUUUGUUUAUUCGUGUUGAUGCCCUUUGCCUUUUUCUUUCUGGAAUCAGAAGGUUUUGCUGGCCUGAAAAAGGGAAUCCGAGCCCGCAUUUUAGAAACUCUGGUCAUGCUUGUCCUUCUUGCGCUCCUUAUCCUCGGGAUAGUGUGGGUCGCCUCGGCGCUCGUUGACAAGGACGCGGCGAGCAUGGAGUCUUUGUAUGAUCUCUGGGAGUUCUACCUUCCCUAUUUAUAUUCCUGUAUAUCUCUGAUGGGAUGUUUGUUACUUCUCUUGUGUACCCCCGUUGGCCUCUCCCGCAUGUUCACAGUGAUGGGUCAGUUGCUGGUGAAGCCAACAAUUCUUGAAGACCUGGAUGAACAGAUUUAUAUUAUUACCCUAGAGGAGGAAGCACUCCAGAGACGACUAAAUGGACUGUCUUCAUCAGUGGAAUACAAUAUAAUGGAGUUGGAACGAGAACUUGAAAAUGUGAAGACUCUUAAGACAAAAUUAGAGAGGCGAAAAAAAGCUUCAGCAUGGGAAAGAAAUUUGGUGUAUCCUGCUGUUAUGAUUCUCCUUCUAAUUGAGACAUCCAUCUCGGUCCUCUUGGUGGCUUGUAAUAUUCUUUGCCUGUUGGUUGAUGAAACAGCCAUGCCAAAGGGAACAAGGGGUCCUGGAAUAGGAAAUGCUUCUCUUUCUGCUUUUGGUUUUGUGGGAGCUGCACUUGAAAUCAUUUUGAUUUUCUAUCUUAUGGUAUCCUCUGUUGUCGGUUUCUAUAGCCUGCGAUUUUUUGGAAAUUUUAUUCCCAAGAAGGAUGACACAACUAUGACAAAGAUCAUUGGGAAUUGUGUGUCCAUCUUGGUCUUGAGCUCUGCACUGCCUGUGAUGUCAAGAACACUGGGAAUCACUAGAUUUGAUCUACUUGGAGACUUUGGAAGGUUUAAUUGGCUGGGAAAUUUCUAUAUUGUAUUAUCCUACAAUUUGCUUUUUGCUAUUGUGACAACAUUGUGUCUGGUCAGAAAAUUCACCUCUGCUGUGCGAGAAGAACUUUUCAAGGCCCUAGGGCUUCAUAAGCUCCACUUAUCAGAUACUUCAAGGGAUUCAGAAACAUCAAAGCCGUCUGCAAACGGGCAUCACAAAGCACUGUGAGACACGCAGCAGCUCUCUGCGAUCAAGGACCCGGGAGCCCCACACUCCCGACAUCCCCGCCGGUCCAAAAUGACACGCACUGACUGGGCUUCACAUUUAGGGCCGGGGCCUGGCAGCACCGUUUCUUCCGUAACCUCCUGAGAACUUGGCUGCCGCAAGCCUUCUCCUUUAGCUGUGUGAAGGACCCCACAGUUUCCAGCCAGACGCGGCUCCGUAGGGCAGCACAUUCUUCUGUGGACACAUUUGCUUGCAUCAGUCGAUACAAUCACCCAUAUGGGAAUAUUAGGAAAGGCGAACUUGGGGGCUUUCUAAGAAUUCAGUUCAAUCCCAUUAUAUAUUUUAUUCAAAAUGGAGAAGGCAUCGAGAAAGGCAUCCUUGGUAUUUGGAUGUGAAGUGAAGGCCCCGCAAAAAAGCAGGUUUCCGGACGCCGCCAUGGCAGUGGGGGCAUUGGAACGGUAGUGCGCAAAGCUGUUGUUCACUUCCUUAAAGAAAAAGACAGACGCGUAGUUCUGGUUUAUAUUUCAGAAUGAUAUCGGUUGGACUUUGAGUUGAGGAAAAAUAAGAAAUUCUUUUGAAAACCUGAUCCGUGGUAGAACAGCAUGGGAAAUCUUCCACUGUACGGAGUGUGGUCAGCUACGUAGGAAGUUAUCUGUGAUCAUAGUUCUCUGACAUCUUAUGUGUAUAGAAUUCAGUAUUACUUCUCGUAACAUAGUUGCUGGUGUCGAAUACACUUGUAACUUAGAUUUUGCCUUAUAGGCUCUAUGUACACUCAAUUUUUUUAAGCUUUUUUUCUAAAGUCUCUCAGUUCCUUGUUCUCCUGUGUCCAUUAUGAAACUACGAAUGCUCUGUGGUAGAAACCCCUUCUGUCAACACAUUCUUCAGGCCUGGGCUCCUUUUGUAUAUGCCGGUUUAAACCUCAGACUCACUAAAGUUACCAGUUUGACACCCAGGGGCACAGUAUCAGCAUUCAUGAUGUACGAAUAGUUUUUCAAUGUUUCAUGAUCUGAUAAUCACUCAGUUACUAAGUUGUAAAUAAUUCUGGGGAUGGCUUCUUGACGUUAAGUCCACUGAAUAAAAACUGUAAAAUUGUACUCUGUGUUACCAUCCAUCCCCUCGGAUAGAGUACUGGAGACUGUGCAUGCAGAAAUAAGAGAUGAGCCCCUUUGCACACACUUCGUAGUUACGCAGUCUCUGUAAAUGCGUAUGUUCACAUGCACUAAGUGUAUGGCAACAGAUUGUCUGUGUUCAGACAAAAGUAAAAGAACAUUUUUCUCAAAUUGUUGAGUUUAAAGGGGUUUUUUUUUGAGAAAUUUAUGAAAAUCAGGCUGUAUAUACUUGACAUAAAAAAUUGCCACUUAGAGCCAAAAUAAUAAGAAAAUUUUAUCUGUGUAUUCCUAAGUUCCAUUGUGUAUACCUCUCCUUUAUUUAACCUCUGCAUUUCCUUCCAAGCUUCUCUGCUCACUAAAAUACAGUCCAGUUUUAAAAUAAAAGAACGUUUUGUGAUUCUAAACAACACUCCGUAAAUUGGUAAAUCUCUCCACGUAGGAGCUGCAUACUGAGAAAAUUAAUAGAAGUUGGCCAUUUCCUACUUUGACUGGUAGUUACACCUAUUUAAACAUUAAAUGCAGGCUGUGGUUUUUCUGAAACUUGCUUGCAAUCCAUAUUUUGAGCAAACUAGGUCAAGGGGAGAAGAAAAAGAAAGUUCUUUACAUAAAAGAACCUCACUUGUAACUUACACUAGUUUCUGGGCACAUCCAUAGGAAGUUUUUGGGUAUUUGUAAGAUGUCUGAAAAUUUCUGAGUAAAAUAUUAAACUUUUCAAUGUCUGUAUCAAUUCUUUGUUCAUUUGAAAGUUUCUUUCCAGUGGAAAACUUAGGCCAGGUUUGGAUUAGUAAACAGUGGAGUGUAUUAUAAAUUCCUGCAGCUGUUACUGGGUACAUCCUCAUUGCUUUUGAGACAGGAUACAGUUCACAUGGAAGGACGGGUGGAAUCUUGGGUCUCAGAUGCCUUCUGUGGGGACAAGUGCAGGUGGUUACGUACUGUUUGCUGCAUGAGUACAGCAGCUUGGGGUUCCACAAAGAGUUUAUUCCUGGUUACGUACACAGGAGUCUUCCUCUUGAGUGAGAGACUUAGUCUGAACACAGAUGCUUCCCUUGGACACACGGGAGGCUGCAUGAGGCCACGACGGAAAUGGGUGGCAGCGCACUAAGGCCGAGCACUUGGAGUCUGGAAAGCAUAGGUGCACCUCAGGCCUUUCAUUUGUUGUAGUUGUGCUGGCCAAGGAGGAGGCAGGGGGCCUGAUGCCGGAGUGCCCUGUGCCCGUGAUUAGAGCGGCCCUGGGGAUGGCCCCGGUGUUCUCAUUGGGUGUGGGGCAUCUAGGUGACUGUGUGAAGUCAGACGCUCUGUUGACUCUUUCUCACUUUAGGAUCCACUUUAAGGGGCAUUAGACACUGUAGUUAAACAGUUUCUGGGGGCGACUUACCAACUCUAAAUAUUCCUUGGUUCUGCAAUACUCAUUUUGAAAUUCUAAGUUUUAUGGAUGAUAACAUUUAUAAUUUUUACUCUUUUCCAAGAUAUUUCUUAGAUUCAGUAUUUACUUAGCUUUGCAUAUAUUCUUUAUAAAAACGGACCUGCUCUAAAAGAAGAGACUGUGUAAAAAUCGCACACCCAUGCACGCGCACACGUGCACACACGCGUGCUAGCUGCUUCAGGCCACAUCGUGACUUUGUUUGAUCACUGGAUGAGAAUGAAGUCUUCUGCAUGGUUUGACUCUUGCAUGUGUUCGAGGAGUGUACUGCGUGCCCCUGUUUUCAGGGGCUUGGACAUCAGCCUUGCUUUGCUGGAGCAUAAUAGACCUGUCUGUGCACCCAUAACCACUUAAGCUGCCCACAGCACAAGCUCACGGCCUUUGAAAACCCUAUGUGGUUUUCUUUGUUAGCACAGUAUUUAAUGUAUAAAGGCAGAGUUCUUAAAAUAAUUUUUUUUUAAAUAGGAGUAUAUAUGUAGUACUGGCUUAAAAAACUGGUAUGUUACUUUUAAAAUAAUGUUUAGAUGCACUGGUAUAUUACUUUUGUUUACAGAGUGUUCUGUUUACAAAUGAUCUGUUGGCCUUGUUUGUUUCUAUGAGAUUCUUUUAGUGUGACUUUAAAUGUCUUAGAAAUUAAAAUUUUACAAAAAGUGAUUUCAUGUUUUGGUUUAAAAGCAUUCAAAUGUGUUUUUGUUUUUGUCUUAAAUCUUAAAUACCAUCGUGGCUAAAACUUAAGGGUGUAUGUACGUUACUUCCAUGUCAAUUUUAGAAAGGGCAGUAAUGGUUCUGGUGAGAUGUUGGACUGAGGAAGAAAUGAACGUUUUCUCUCUCCUUUUUGUUGUGGAGUUAUUGGUCGAUGAAUUUCUUCCAACCAUUUGCAGCUAAAAUGUGGCAUCAGCAAUUGAAAUCACUUAUGUCAUGUAAUUCUUUGAGUUACUUAGAAGUAUUUGAUUCUUCUAAUCUUUUCCAUAAAAGGAAUGAGCCACGUCUACGUGGUUGGGUCUGGCAGCUUAAUCCAGAGCUCCCGGAAGAAUAAAUGGCAUCGGCAUCUGCUGGAUUCACUGAGACACAGAAGCCUUUGCAGCAAUGGCUCUCCAGCUCUCUGACCACAGGAAGAAAUGCUUUUGCAUUGUAACACACACACACACACUUCUAUACAUGUAAACAAAUAUUUAACAAAGUAGUACCUACUUUUACUGUAUGUGAUGACUGCUGGCAUUUUCUGUUCUAUAUUUUAGAAUACUAGACACAAACCACACUAAUACUAGUGAAUGGUCAACUUUCAUUUGAAAAACAUGAUUUCCAGGAUCUAGUUGAAAGAUGAAUGAACACAAGAACUUUUUUUGGCUUUUGAAUAUUAGGUAAAAUUCAUUAUUGCAAAUGCUACUGAAGCCAAAGUAUUAUCUAUGCAUGUUACUUGUUGCACUGCAAAAAAUGUAAUUAAAAUCAAUAGAAAUUGCUGAAACUCCAAAAACUGGAUUUUAAAAUUUCAAAACUAGGUACUUGAUCCAUAUUUCUUGGAGGAGUAGAGCUGGGAUCUAGUUUUGAAGAGAAGUUAUUUAACUUCCUAUUCUGUGUGGUUCAAUUAGGUAAAAGUGUUUUCAAGUUCAAAUGUGAUCAAAUAGGAAAUUCAGACAAAGCCCAGUUAUUUUUGAAUGUGAUUUUGGUGUUACAUUCUUCCUGAACAUGCUGGAGAAGUCAAGUUCAGAAGCAUAGGUUUUGAGAAAGUAGGGUAGCCGCCCCUGAUGGGUAUUAUUCCUGAGAAUCGGUGUGGGCAGGAAGACCUUCAGUGUCCGUGUGUGAGGAGGUAGGGGUUUAUUUUUAUUUUUUAUUUUUUUAAUUUUUUAAAAGAUUUUAUCCAUUUAUUGGACAGACAGAGAUCACAAGCAGGCAGAGAGAGAGAGGAGGAAGCAGGCUCCCCGUCUAGCAGAGAGCCCGAUGUGGGGCUCGAUCCCAGGACCCUGAGAUCAUGACUCGAGCUGAAGGCAGAGGCUUAACCCACUGAGUCACCCAGGCGCCCCGAGGAGGUAGAGGUUUCAAUAUGAAUUUAAGGAAGGAAGUUUUGUCAGUUAUUAAAAAUCCUGUGUGAAUGUCUUCUCCCUUGAAAAGAGAAUGUCUUCUCCCUUAAUGUCUUCUCCCUUGCAAAGCUCUUACUGACAGAUAGACUGCUGGCCGACAGUGGCCUCCAGGCACCCAGGACAUGCUGUAGUGUCGAGUGGCUGUAGCUGUUCUGUCAGCCGUGUAGCUGGUACAGCGUCCUGAACGGCCAGAAGUACUAACAGAUAGUUGGUUACAUAAAUCUUAGCACAUUGUUCUCUUACUGCUUUAGAAAUCAGCGGUGAAAACGUUUCCUUUUCUGUAUUCUCAAUAUUCACUUUUAGCCACCAAAUGUGUGGGGGGUUUUCCGCACCAAGCUGUUCUCCCAGUUCCCUGCGGAUACCACAUCGGUGUCCCUCAGUCUGAUUUAAUUCUGACACUGUGUACGUGAAGUUAGUACGGACCCUGCAGGUUAAGGGCUCAGUCCCAUAAGACUGGUUCCCCACCCCCACUUCAGAGGCCAGUCCCAAGUCCAAGCUGUCCCAUGUGCUUUGACCAACCAGCUCUAGAUCAUGGGUUGUCACCGCGCCCUCCCUUUCCACGACGUGCCGGAGCAGCUCCCAGGACCCCGGGACACGGUUUCCUUAUGAGAUGACCUGUUUACUACAGAGGCUGCACCUCAGGAACCCCAGAGGGAGUUGACGCACAGAGCCAGGGAUGCGGGUGCCCUCAGAGCUCCUGUGCUCCUCCAGGUGCACCAGCCUCCCGGCACCCCCAUGCGCUUACUGACCAGGAAGCUCUCUGAAUCCCUUCAGUUAAGUGUUUCUGUUUUUGUUUUUAUGGAAGGUUCACUACAUACACAUGAUUGAUUAAAGGAUUGGCCAUUAGUGAUUAGCUUGACCUCCAGCCCUUCCCCACUCCCCAGAGGUCAGAGGAGGGACCCGAAGUAGUUGGUUCCAGGGGCCAUCAUUAGGGGCUUUCCAAAAGACAACCCAUUAGCAUAAGCUCAGAUGUGGUUGAAAGGGGCUUCUUACAAAUAUCAAAAGACACCUUGAUCUUCUUAUCACUUAGGAAAUUCCACAGGUUUUAGCUCUGUGCCAGGAAUAGGGAGGAAGACCAAAUACAUAUUUCUUACAAAUUACUUGGAGGGAUUCAGUUUGGAGCAGCGGCUUGCAUCAGGCGACCCAGUACCACUAUUUACUAGGUACUACAGUGGCUCAAAGACAAUGCAUUUUCAAACUACUUCCAGAAAUGACCCUAUCAGUAUGUACUCUCAUCAACAGCGUGUGAAGAUGUGUUUCACUUACACUGGGUUUUGCCAGUCUUACAUUAGUGCCAACCUGAGAGGGAAAUAUUUGUUUUUCUUUGCAUUUUUAAUAGCUGUUGGGAACUUAAAUUUUUAUCAGCUAUUUGUAUUUCGACUUUUGUGAAUUAUCAUUAAAUAUAUUUAGCUUAUUUUUCUGCUGGUAUUUUAUAAUAUCUUUACUGUUGUAUAAAAACUCUAUAUUAUGGAUUAAAUUUUUGUCUUUCUGA